AUGGACAGUCGGAUGUUGUCACGAGUCUCAUCGACGCUCUCAUCGGACUCUGUUGCAGAUCUCUUCCCCUUUGACUCGGAAAUUUUUGUGGACACUGGUCCAAAUGACGUGAGCAAGGCCCAUGGAUCUCCCCCAGCGGUCAUCUACAACUUCAUCUCCAUAGGCGAGUGGUUCCUGUCAAUCGCCGACUGCUUCAAUAUCUCAGCUGACGGCAUUAUCUUUUGCACUGUUAGCACUUUCAAAAUUGAUAUGGAGAAAUUGUUUUUGGGUAACUUGGGAUGCUCGAAUAUGGUAUUUGCACAUAUAAAAGCACAAGCCAUUGAAGUUGAACUCACCAAAACUGAAGGGUUGUUUGGACUCUCGAUUGCUUCCCGUUCAAUAGCUUCAAGUAAGAAGAACGUCAAUGACGGAAUGCAGACGCUACGAUUCAAUGCGAAGGGAGGAGUCAUGAUCGAGGAGGGUGGCGUUGAUAAAGAGAUGAUUGGUCGCUUAGACGAGAUUCUCGAUUCUGUUCUAUAG